AGUUAAAGUCAAUUAAAAAUGCACCUAAUAAAACUGAAGGUGAUUUCAAUUCUACACUAAUUAAAUCUAUAAAAAAUAAAUUACAAAAUUCAAACUUAACCCUGACAAAAGCUGACAAAGGAAACUGUGUUGUUAUCUUAAAUAAAAAUGACUAUGACACUAAAGUGACUCAAUUUAUCCAAGAAAAUAAUUUUCGAAAACAGAGUGCAAGAUUACCAUCAUUUAUCAAAAAAGUGAAUGACACCUUAAAAUUUUGUACAAAUUUAAUCAAUCCUCAAUUAAGAUAUUUUCUUUCAGCUAACAACACAAAUGUUCCUAAACUUUAUGGCCUUCUUAAAGUUCAUAAAUCAGAUAUACCUGCUUCAAUGCCCAUAAGACCGGUGGUAGCAUACACUAACUCUCCAACAUAUAAAUUAGCUAAAUGGCUUAAUAAUCACUUAAUUACUACUAUAGAUUGUCACUUUCCCUACACUAUAAAAAAUAAUAUUCAACUUGUGGACAAAAUCAAAGAUAUCAUUAUCCCUGAAAAUGCCUUUUUUAUCUCUCUAGAUGUAACAAAUCUCUUUACUAACAUUCCUAUAUUCGAGGUAGUGGAUAUUAUUAAAAACAAAUUAUUUAAUUCUACAUUGACCAAUAUCGAAACACAAGAAAUAAUAAAUAUCCUAGAAAUUUGCUUAAAACAAAAUUUCUUUAAUUUUGAUAAUGAAACCUAUAUACAAGAGGAUGGCCUAGCCAUGGGAUCUCCAUUAUCCCCCCUCUUAGCUGAUACAUUUAUGAAUCACUUCGAAAGUAAUAAUAUUUUGAAUAACAACCCCUACCUAUCUAAUAUACUGUAUUAUUAUAGAUAUGUAGAUGACUGCAUUUUAUUAUGGAAUGGCAAUAAACAAAAUCUUAGUGAUUUUCUAUCAUUCAUUAAUAACAUUCAUCCAAAAAUAAAAUUUACAUUAGAAGUGGAAAUCAAUAAAACCAUAACCUUUUUAGACUUACUUAUUAAAAACGUAAAUAAUAAACAUGAUUUUGAGAUAUAUAGAAAACCUAGCCACACUGGAACAAUCAUACACAAUGAGUCAUUCCAUCCUUUUUCACAUAAAGCAGCAGCUUUAAAUAGUUAUGUAAAUAGAGCACUACAGAUUCCUCAAACAACUGAAAGCAGGGAUAGAGAGUUGAAUAUUAUCAAACAAAUUGCCCAAACUCAUAAUUUUUCUCCCAAUUUAGUAGACAAAAUAAAAAAUAAAUUUCUAUUACGUAAUGCGUUCCAAAAUGUCUACAUACCACAUCAAACAAUAUUAAGUAAUCAGCCAGUAAAUAAGUUCAUUUCACUUACAUACAAUGGAGCAGUUUCUUAUAAAAUCCAACGAGUUCUAACUUCUUUAAAUGUUAAGGUUGCCUUUAAAUCGAGCAAUUCAUUAGGUAACUUAUUGAUUAAUAAUAAAGACAAAACGGAUCCGUUAUCUUGUAAAGGAAUUUAUAAGCUUUAUUGUGAGUGUGGUUAUUUUUAUGUAGGUAGAACGAAGCGUAGUUUUAAAGCUCGGUUUAGCGAACAUGACCGAUGCAUUAGACAAAACAAUCCUGAGUCUUUAUUUGCUAAGCAUAUUAUGGAGACCGGUCACCCAUCGAAUCUACUAGAUAAUUACAAGAUCUUACAUAGAGUUCAGGACAACAUAAAUCUAAAUAAUCUUGAAUUACUCGAGAUUAAAAGAUCUCUCAAAAAAGAAUAUGAUAAAUCUCUUAAUAUUCAGAUUAACAUUCCUGAAACUAAUUUAAUUAAUAUUUUAUUUGAAUAACUCUUCCCUCCCUUUCCGGUUAAUUUAUUUUAAUAUAAACCCCGUUGUUUUCUUAAUAUAAACUGGUAGAGACAUCUGUUUAACAGUUUUAAAAUAUUUUAAAGUUACUGUGGGUACCGCUAUCUAGUACCCAUUCGGUUAUAGGAUAUAAAAUAUAGAUUUCUUUGUAACGUUCUUUCUUAAUUAUGAAAACUAGAUAUAGAUGACUCUGUUGGUCAGAUUAGUUUGAAUGGCGGUUAUCAUAGUUUUUAGAUCGUUUUGUCUAUUGUGUUGUAACGGUGCUUUUUAGAUGUUAUUGUUUUAAACCUAAGUGUAUUAUUUGUUAUCUUACGAUAAGAUUUACUUGCUUAAUUUUAGCUGUACCGUUCUAUAUGUGCUUUUGUUUUGUUUUGACAAAUCUCGUUUUUAACAAUAUCCCCGCAGAUCUCAAAAAGAGUUGGCAUAUACCAAGACCCACACUAGCUCGAAGUUCUCACAGUUCUCAGGGUUCAACUUCUAGUAAUAAUAGUACACAAAGCGCAAGAUCGGGUUCGCUCCUCCUCACAGCGGCGAACUUAGCCCAAAUACACCAAGACAACAACGUGCACACGAGCCCCUCGUCGAACACCCGCGAUCUCAAUAUCCAGUACUACUUGGAAAGGACCAAUCAGGACAAUGAAUUGAUUGCUUCCCUUCCAAAGUCGGUGAAGCAACCGGAACAGGAUAACGUUUCUAUUGCCAGUUCGAUGCAUUUUACUGUGGUCAAUGUGAACUCGAGACCGAAAGUUUUGAAGAGAAGUUGCUGCAGGAAGCAUCAGCUUACCAUUUUGGUGGUGAGCAUGAGCGUACUGUUUACUAUUGGGAUUUUGAUGGCUGUGUAUCUGUUGGAGAUGAGGGCCAGAGAUCAAAGAAGAUACUAAUAACUGCCAGAGUUCUCCCGCUUCAAAAGAAACACUUAGACCCAGUGGGCAUUACUUACUAAAUUCUGUAGUUUAUUUGGCAACACUUCCAAGGCCCAACGAACUAAACCAGUUGUGCCAUGAAUUUACAUUUCUUGUGCUUUUUUUUAUUUUUUAAGAAUAAUUUUAGUGUAUUUAUAUUAAAAUUUACGAAACGAUUUUUUGCCAGUGCCAUGUCAAACAUUGAUCUGUGUCAUUUUGGCAUUUCGAGACCACUGCCUCGGAAACUUCUCCAGUUUCUGACAUUUUGUAGGUUUAAUGGUAAUUUUAUAUAUACUAAGGAUUUUUAAUUUAGUGUUUAUUAAAAAAUUGUACUAUUAUUAGAUAUUGCACAAUUUUAAAAUUAGUUCUCAUAAAAUGUAGUAUUUGAAAGUGUGAUUAUUUUAACAAUUUUUUUUUGUGUAUUUGUAGAGUAAAUUUAGUACUUGGUUAAGUACAUACUGUGAUAUGUAAGAACAUUUUUCUCAUGUAAAUCUAGGUAAUAUUGUACAGUAUUUAUGUAAUAAUUUUAGGUAUUUAUGUAGAAUUUAAAAAAAAAAAACAUAUAAAUGUGUUUUAAAAGCA